AUGCCCGGCCGACCCAAACGCAAACGGACAGACUCAGUCUCUGCUCCGGAAGACUCCAAACCCGUAAUAACGCGGUCUACGACGUGGAUGUCCGAUGGAGACGUGAUCCUGCAAGCCGAAUCGACACAAUUCCGCAUAAACAAAGACGUUCUGCGCCGCCAUUCUCCUGUCUUCGAGUCAAUGUUUUCCCUACCCCUGCCAAAGGACGAACCAACUAUUGAAGGCUGCCCCGUUGUAUGCGUUGAAGACUCGGCCCAAGACUGGGAGCUGUUCCUCGAAACCUUGUAUGACCCAUUCAAGCAUACCCAUCUCUGGCCGUUCAAUAUCGUUGCUGCGAUGCUCAGACUCGGAACUAAAUACCAAAUGGAGUCGGCACGCAACAAUGCUGUGUCGCGUUUGCGACGCCGAUAUCACACGACUUUGGCUGGUUGGGCGCUUACUGAACCGAUUCUGACCGAAUCGGACGAAUUCCUCCCGCUCAGGGUUCUCCAACUUGUCUACGAGUGCGAUGUUCAGACAUGUAUUCCCAGUGUCGCAUAUGAAUGUUUGGAAGAUUGGACUCUGGCCGAGCUCUUGGAUGACCGGAUUCUGGACGCAACCGGCCAGGCAAUCGUUUUGUCGCCUCACAUAAAACGUUUACUGGCUGUCGGUUUCGAGAGGCUUACCGCAGUUCAACGCCGACAACACUUGUGGCUGGGGACCGAAGAUGUUGUCCCAACCACCACAUGCGAGUCCAAAGCUUCCUGUAUCAAACGCAGGGGUCCCCACCUUCAAAAGUUGCUCCAAAUGGCGGCAGAUACGCAGGGCGUUGAUGUCUUCAGACCAUGGACAUUACCCAAAUCUUUAUGCUCUCGCUGCGAUAGAGCUGCACAAGCCGAGUUCAACUCACAGCGAAAAAAGGCAUGGGAAGGUCUUCCCGGCUGUUUCGACCUCCCAGCAUGGUCAGAGCUUCACGACGGUGACAAGACUUCGAACGCUGAUAUGGAUGUCACGGUUGUGGAGACUGGCGAGUAA